AUGGAGGUGAGGAUUCUGAAGGGAUGCUGGGAUGUGGGUUUCCCCCAUCUCCUUCAUCACGUCCUCUCACACGAAUCCCCCCUUGAGCUCCAGGUAAAGCCGGGGACCCUGAACACUCGGCCGCAGCCUUCUUCCCUCGUCUUCGGAGAGAAACCUGCACUCGUGACCCCUCCUGCUGGGUUGCACUACCAUGGAGGAUGGAAGUGCAUCGGUGGUCGGGGAAGAGGAUGCAUCGCCGUCACCGCUGCUGCGUUAUUCCAUCAAUCCCAAUCUCAAGAAAACUUUGUGGUGCUAGUCUCGGACGAAGAGAUACAGAAGACCUUCACAAAAGCUCUGGAAUUGAUGACUUCGGCGAGCAAGUCAGCAGCCAGGGAACCACCACCGAUCUAUCAAGUGAAGGAUUUCCGUGGCUGUGAAUAUCCAGGCGUGAUGUGUGUAGGGGUUGAAGACUCAUGGAUGGUGGAAGGGAUCUCCCGAGCAAUCCAGUCCCUCUUCAUUGUCGACGGGGGAACUUCUGCUGCAGCACGGAGCAGGAUGGGCCUCUGGACGGAGAUGGAACGAAGAGGAAAACUUCUCCAUCGCCCUUUAACAUCGCCCAAAGCCCUUGACUCCCUCUCUGAUGACGACUGGAAGGCAUUGAAUCAAACGAGCCUCUUUCUAAAGAGGCUGACAGUUCCUUUGUAUUAA